AGAGCAGAGAAAGAGAGAAACAAGUCGAAGGGGAAGAGGAAAAAAAGAAGUGGGGAUGAGGCACGAGCUGUUGUGUUGCUUUGAAGCUGCCGGCUCAGAAGUGAUGGUGCGCGUGAGGAAAGGAAGCGGAGCCCGAUGAGCGUGAUCAGGAGAGGAGAGGAAGAAAAGAGAAGAAGAAGGAGAAGGAGAAGGAGCGUGUUUGCAGCCGGCCGUGGGAGUGUUGGGGGGUGGGGAGGAUGUCGGGCAGGAGUGCAGGAGCGCCUCGGGGCUGCAGCAACCCCAGCCUGCAGCCCCUCCGAGCCACCGUCCCGUACCAGCUCCAGAGGGGCUCAGCGCUGCUCUGCAGGGAGGUCAAGACGGCGGACCGAACCGCGGCCCGCCCUCCGAAGCCCACCAUCCGCAGAACUCUCUCCCUGGACGCCAUCGUGGGACCCUACCUGCAGGGACACUGGCCCAAAGACACGGAGGGCACGGCCGUUACCUGCGUCAACGACAAGGCCACACAGACUCCAAGUUCUUGGGCAGAAGAGACGCGGGGAAGAAGAAGUGUCGGUGGACACAAGCGGUCAGCGUCGUGGGGCAGUGCCGAGCACCUGAGAGAGGUGGCCAAGCUGAGGCACCAGUUGCAGAAGCGUUCCCGCCACGCCCCCCCCUCGGCGGGAUGCGAGCACCCCCUGCCAACGGGUCAUGCGGCCGGCAUCACUCAGACGUUGCCCCUGAUGCCCCUGAACAGACUCGCUCCGCGGCUGCGGCGAAGCGUAGAAGGCCUCAACCUGGAGCUGGAGGAAGUGUUUGUGUCUGAGAAACCGGACGAUGAUCACGAGAUCCUGGAUAUCCCAGAUGGCCACAGGGCUCCGGUCCCGGCCCAGAGGUGCAGCAGCGGCUCCCAGAGCGAGCCGUCGCCGGGGCCCCUGGACCCGUCCCUCCUCUCCCCGUCUCAGUCUCCUUGUCCCCUCGACCCCUCGCUCCUGUCGCCCUCGGCGUCCCCCUGUCCCCUCAACCCGCUGCUCAUGACUCCGUCCCAGUCUCCGUGUCCGAUGGGGGAGCCGGCAGAGGCAGCGGACUGCGGAGCCGCGUGUUUGUCCCCGCCGACGUCGCUGCCGUCGUUCGCCCUGGACCCCCCGCUGCUGCAGCCCUGCUCCUCAUCCCCCCGUCCCAACAAGACCUACGCUUUCCAGCGUCAGCCGCCCGAAGGCUGCGAGCGGGUCCGAGUGUGCGAGGAGGCCAUGGCUGCCUCUCAGGACGAGCCCCUCCUCCAGCCUUCCUGCCCGGACCCCAACAAAGUCAACUUCACCCCCCACGGCGGCUCGGCCUUCUGCCCCGUCAGCCUCCUGAAGCCCCUCCUGCCCUCCAUGGACCUCCUCUUCCGCGGCCUGUCGGUGUCUCCCGUCACCGGCUGCUCCGGUCAGGCCUCUCCCACCAGGCAGCUGGGCAUGCAGUAGGCGUGUGUGGCGGUGGCGGUGCGGGGGCUCCGAUGGGCCGACCCGCCCGGACCUGGAGGGUGUGGAGGCGUCGUUGGACGUGCGGCGUGGCCACCGAGCCGCGAGCGCUGCGAUCAGACUCUGUGACUGCGAGCGA